CCGGGUUGGCUAGCCCGGCGGCUUCCUCGGCAGUAAUGGCUCCUCUGAUGUGAUAGUUUCCCCCGCCCCCUCGCGUAGGACGCGGCGGUGGGGCGGCGGUGGAGAGCCCAACUUUAUUGUUCCCCCGGCCCACCUCCCGGCGCGUCCUCAGGAUGCUCGGGGGCUGAGCGCCGGGGGCGGCGGAGGGUCGCGGUCAGUCCCGGCCCUCGCCUCAGAGCGCAGGGCCGAGGGAGGGAGGGAGGAGGGAGGCACGAUGUCAGGUAGCCGCCAGGCCGGCUCGGGUUCCGCUGGGACGAGCCCCGGUUCCUCGGCGGCCUCUUCGGUGACUUCCGCCUCCUCGUCGUUAUCCUCGUCUCCGUCGCCGCCUUCUGCGGCGGCCUCGGCGGCGACGCUGGUGUCUGGCGGGGCGGCUCCGGCCGCGGGCUCGGGCGGCCUCGGCGGCCCGGGGCGGCCUGUGCUAGUGGCGGCCGCGGUGUCCGGCAGCGGCAGCGCGAGCGGCGGCGGGGCGGUGUCCGCGGGCCUCUCCCGGCUCAGCUGCGCGGCCAGGCCCAGCGCCGGUGUUGGAGGGAGCAGCUCCAGCCUGGGCAGCAGCAGCAGUAGAAAGCGACCUCUGCUUGCCCCGCUCUGCAACGGGAUCCACAACUCCUACGAGGACAAAAGCAACGACUUCGUCUGCCCCAUCUGCUUUGAUAUGAUUGAGGAGGCGUACAUGACAAAAUGCGGCCACAGCUUUUGCUACAAGUGUAUUCAUCAGAGUUUGGAGGACAAUAAUAAUAGAUGUCCCAAGUGUAAUUAUGUUGUGGACAAUAUUGACCAUCUCUAUCCUAAUUUCUUGGUGAAUGAGCUCAUUCUCAAACAGAAGCAAAGAUUUGAGGAAAAGAGGUUCAAAUUGGACCACUCAGUGAGUAGCACCAAUGGGCAUAGGUGGCAAAUAUUUCAAGAUUUGCUAGGAACUGAUCAGGAUAACCUUGAUUUGGCCAAUGUCAACCUUAUGUUGGAAUUACUAGUACAAAAGAAGAAACAACUGGAAGCAGAAUCACAUGCAGCUCAGCUUCAGAUCCUUAUGGAAUUCCUCAAGGUUGCAAGGAGAAAUAAAAGAGAGCAAUUGGAACAGAUCCAGAAGGAACUAAGUGUUUUGGAAGAGGAUAUUAAAAGAGUGGAGGAAAUGAGUGGCUUGUACUCUCCUGUUAGCGAAGAUAGCACAGUACCUCAGUUUGAAGCUCCUUCUCCAUCACACAGUAGUAUUAUCGAUUCUACAGAAUACAGCCAACCUUCAGGUUUCAGUGGGACUUCUCAGACAAAGAAACAACCUUGGUAUAACAGCACAUUAGCAUCCAGACGAAAGCGACUCACUGCUCAUUUUGAAGACUUAGAGCAGUGUUAUUUUUCUACAAGGAUGUCUCGUAUCUCAGAUGACAGUAGAACUGCAAGCCAGUUAGAUGAAUUUCAGGAAUGUCUGUCCAAGUUUACUCGAUACAACUCUGUAAGACCGUUGGCCACAUUGUCAUAUGCUAGUGAUCUCUAUAAUGGUUCCAGCAUAGUUUCUAGUAUUGAAUUUGACCGGGAUUGUGACUAUUUUGCAAUUGCUGGGGUUACAAAGAAAAUUAAAGUCUAUGAAUAUGGUACAGUCAUCCAAGAUGCAGUGGAUAUUCAUUACCCUGAGAAUGAAAUGACCUGCAAUUCCAAAAUCAGCUGUAUCAGUUGGAGUAGUUACCAUAAGAAUCUGCUAGCCAGCAGUGAUUAUGAAGGCACUGUUAUACUAUGGGAUGGAUUCACAGGACAAAGGUCAAAGGUCUAUCAGGAACAUGAAAAGAGGUGCUGGAGUGUUGACUUUAAUUUGAUGGAUCCUAAACUUUUGGCUUCAGGUUCUGAUGAUGCAAAAGUGAAGCUGUGGUCUACCAAUUUAGACAAUUCCGUGGCAAGCAUCGAAGCGAAGGCUAAUGUGUGCUGUGUGAAAUUCAGCCCCUCCUCCAGAUACCAUUUGGCUUUUGGCUGUGCAGAUCACUGUGUUCACUACUACGAUCUCCGUAACACUAAGCAGCCAAUAAUGGUAUUCAAGGGACACAGAAAAGCAGUCUCUUAUGCCAAGUUUGUUAGUGGUGAUGAAAUUGUCUCUGCCUCAACAGACAGCCAACUAAAACUGUGGAAUGUGGGGAAACCAUAUUGUUUGCGUUCCUUCAAAGGUCAUAUUAAUGAAAAAAACUUCGUAGGACUUGCUUCCAAUGGAGAUUAUAUAGCUUGUGGAAGUGAGAACAACUCCCUCUACCUGUACUAUAAAGGACUUUCUAAGACUUUGCUGACUUUUAAGUUUGAUACAGUCAAGAGCGUUCUGGACAAAGACCGGAAAGAAGAUGAUACAAAUGAAUUUGUCAGUGCUGUGUGUUGGCGAGCACUAUCAGACGGGGAGUCCAAUGUACUGAUUGCUGCUAACAGCCAAGGUACAAUUAAGGUGCUAGAAUUGGUGUAAAGGGUUUCCUGAACUUAAAUCGUGUUUGCUCCUCCUGAAAACCACCUACAGCUGAUGAUGACAAAAGAAAAGAAAUGGCACGUGAUGUCUUUCCAAAGUCACCCUGGGUUUUGGAUUUGUUCUGAGUACCUUUUCCUCCUUUUACGCCAUUGGGACAUUGGGACUACCCAGAGAAUUCUUCGCCAUCAGUGUAACUAUGAACUUUGCUGUUGGCUGUGUGGCUAAUUUUUUGUGAUAGGGAAACAAAUUCUUUUAAAUAAAAAUAAAUAAAAAAUAAUAAAAGUUUAUUGAGCCACAA